UGUUUCAGUUAGAUACAGCUGUGGUGCGCAAGGGAGGUCAGUUCAUCACCAAAGAAGCUCUCUGCACAGGUUACUGAGCACAAACUACCUCAUUCUGGGACUACUUAGUUUAGUCAAGACAAAAAGACAAAGAAAACCAAAACACUUUGAUGACAAAGCCAGCCGAUAGGAGAUGUGUGCUGCUGUGUAUGUCCUGUCGACGGUAACGGGCUACGUGCUCACCUCUGCCCUGCUGCUGAAAUGCCCUUCUCUUUUGCACCGGAGGAAGCGAGAGACUUUCCUCAGCAGACACAUUUCCCACCGUGGAGGGGCCGGUGAAAACCUGGAAAACACUAUGGCAGCUUUCAAGCACGCUGUGGAUCUCGGCACAGACAUGCUGGAGCUGGACUGCCACCUGACGAAAGAUGAACAGGUAGUGGUUUCUCAUGAUGCCAACUUGAAGAGGGCCACUGGCAUCAAUGCCCAAAUCUCCGACAUGGCCUUCGACGAGCUACCUCCAUACCUAUGCAAGCUGGGCGUAACUUUUCAGAGGGAGUGUUUCUGUGAAGGUGGAGAGGACAAACGCAUCCCUCUCCUCAGGGACGUUUUUGAUGCCUUCCCUAAUACCCCUGUCAACAUUGACAUCAAGGUCAACAACGACACGCUGAUCAAAAAGGUCUCUGAGCUGGUCGUUAAGUAUGACAGAGAGCAUCUGACUGUGUGGGGCAACGCCAGCAACCAGAUAGUCAAGAAGUGUUACAAAGAGAACCCUCGAAUUCCAGUGUUGUUCAGCUUUCCCAGAGUAUUGCAGCUGUUGGGCCUCUUCUACACUGGCCUUCUGCCCUUUGUUCCCCUCAAGGAGCAGUUCCUAGAGAUCCCCAUGCCCUCCAUUAUCACCAAACUAAAGGAUCCUAGCAGAUUAACAAGGAGUCAGCGAUUCAUCACCUGGCUGGCAGACACUUUGCUGAUGAGGAAGACUCUGUUUGAGCAUCUCACUGCCAGGGGAAUACAGGUGUACAUAUGGGUGCUGAAUGACGAGGACGACUUUCAGAGGGCAUUUGACUUGGGAGCCACAGGAGUUAUGACAGAUUUUCCUACCAGGCUUAAGGACUUCAUGGACAGGAAUGGCAUUUCUAAGCUUCAGUGACCUGCCACAACCUACCCCCCCUCCACCCCUAAACACACACCACUGAUUAUCCUUCAACCUGACUGACCUGCCAAACCAGCCCCCACAACAUGCACCCACUUUUACUGCAUGCAUUCCAGCAGGGCUACUACUCCCCUGGUUUGAAGAGCCAGUUGUUUUUGUGUUACCAGGCACAUAAAAUACACUUAAAAGACACAUGUUGUACCUGCUUUAUAUUAUCUUUAUCCCUCGUCACACACCUAGACAACAGUGUGAGAUUAGUAUUACAAAGCUAUUUAAUUCUUUAAAGUAUAUCUAUAGAAUGGGACUAAAUGGCCAUCGCAAUAUACUGUUUGCAAGUCUUAUUAGUCUUGAAGUUAAUAAUAGAUUCAUGGCUAUUGACUUGAAAGUUGUUGUUUUUUAAAUUUUACUGGUAUAAAGACUUUAUUUAAGCUUUUUUACUGCCGUCAAGUAAAUGACCAUUUGUAAAACACCAGAUGCAGUUUGAUGUUGAAAUGUAGUGUUAAUUUAUCAGCUGCUACAUAAAGUUUUGCAGGAUGUUUUUUUCCCUCUUUUUUACAAUCUGACUGUCACUUAGCACAUGCAAUAAUACACAAAUCUAAGCAGUUGUGAGAUAUUUUUAUACAGGCCAGAUGCAGACAAAAAGUUGUCAUCAAUAACAGUGACAGGUCCUCAGCUCCACUGAGUUUUAGAAUCAGCUGAACAGUGUUGAGUGCCGAGGUCAGGAGCGCUACUGCUCCAUACUUACAAUACAUUUGAGCACAAGCUAAUUCAACUGAACUUUGGAUUGUUCUGUUAAAACCACUGUAUUGUUUAUGUUGUUGGGUUAUAUGUUGCAUAGCUACUUAGUUGUAUGUUUAUGUGUAGUUGCUUAGUCUCUAGAUUUUUCUCUGAAUCAAAUGGAAUGACUGAGGAAAUUUUGCACAAAUUAGGGAACUUCAUCUUGCUUAUUUUAGUAAUGAGUCCAACCUUUUUCACCUCUGUCACUGAUGGUCAACAGCAUUGAACUUCAUAUUUAAGAAAAAAGUGUACUGACAACAGGGUAGAGUCACUGAUACUUGUUAAUUGAUCGCUGUAUUUCAGUCAUAAGAAAUUUCUUAAAAACAGGGAUUGACCUGCAAUACGUUGCUGUGGGUGUCACAGUCUGAAUGUGUUAAGGUUAUUAGGAUUAUCAUACCACUGACAUUCUUUGUUUCAGACUUGUGACCACACAGUGAGGGUCAGUAAUGAAUGUAGUACUGGUUGAAUGUACUGUAUAUUGUUUAGUAUUUUACAGUCAAAGCAGUAUUGGAGUUUUAAUCACGUGUGUUGUCUGUCAUUUUGUACUAGUGAAAUCUGCACAGGUGUAAAUCUGAUAUCUGAUAUUUUGCUUUAUUUUGAUAACACCUGUACAUCCAAAAUAAUUAUUUGACAGAAAGACGUGCAAUCUACCAAUUAUCUUACAGAUCUUACAUUAAUGAAUAUACUCUUGAACAUUUUGACUACAUAGCCUGUGUAGUUCUGAGUGUACAUUUUGUUUUGCAUGCUCAAAUGAAUAUUUGAUACGUUGUUGUGUUUGAAUAUGCUGUGAAUUUGACAGAACCAGUGUGUGGGACCUGGCUGCUUGGGGCUAUCAAAAUGCCUUAUCCCAUAUGGUGUUUGGCCAGAGGUUAUUUUUAUCACUAUCAAUAAAAAAUUGAAAUAUU